UUUUACGUAAUGAUUAAAUCCGAAUCUACAUAUAUAAGACUAUGAAAAUAUACUAUUUCCUCACAUUUGUUUGAUAUCUUUUGACUAAUACGCGAGACCGAAUAUUUGUUUUUCCAAAGAUGAAGGUGCUCUCGUUUUUUAUUGUUUUACUGGUUGGAUUGUUUGUUAUUUCGACGGCUAAGCCCCAAUACCAAUCACUUGAGCCAAAAGUAAAUUAUCUGAAAUACAGCAAUGAGGGCGAGGCAGAUGACAUUAUUCAAGGCAUAAUUGCCCAAUAUCAACAAUUAGGAGGAUCCUCUGAGUUCCACAACAUUCCGCCAUCAAACCAAUACGCAUCAAAGAAAUAAGUUAUUGUUCCGGUUAAAGUUUAAAUGAAAGUAGUUUUUCUUGAAGUUAUGUGUGAAAUUAUAAUGUUGUUGUUGUUAAAAAAAUAUUUACACACAAAAUAAUUAAAAAUAUUUAAAAAAUUAA